AUGGCGAAAAUCCCUGGCAGCGGAGACACUGAACAGGAGCCAAAGAGCUGCCCCAUGAAGCGCAAGGAUGACGAGAAGGAAGAUGAAGGUGACAUCCAAGAGGUCCAGAUCACCGGGGAAGUGGAGAACGAAGAGUCCGAUGGCAAAGGCGUGGAGCUGGAACUGGUGUCAGGGAGCGUAGUUUUAGACUACAGUGGUUCGGUCGAGCAUACAGGAGCCGUCGUUGUGCGGCGUACGGACCGCGGGGAACAAGCGCGAGAGGCGGACCCCUUUAACAGCAGCAUUCCCGCUGGGCUGGAUUCUCAACUGGAAGGAGACAGACAGUGGACAGAACGGAACAGGUUAAGCGAGAACACACGCCUGGCCACCCGAUAUGCAGUGAGGAUGUUUAGGGAGUACCUGUGUGAGACAGCUCGAAGCCCAGACUUUGAAACUCUGGACAAGGCUGCACUCUGCGAGGUGCUGCGCUCCUUUUACGGAGAGGCGCGCUCAAAGAGUGGACAUUUAUACAGCAAGUCGUCUCUUAUCAGCAUCCGGAGCUCGCUGAAUCGGUACCUUAACGAGCCGCCCUACUGUCGCACUUUGGACCUCACCAAAGACCCCGAGCUGCGCAGUGCCAACCUGACGCUUGCCGCAGUCAUACGAAGGCUGGAGGAGCAAGGCGCCGGUCCCGUGGUGCAGAAACAAGCAAUUACACACUCGGACCUGCGGAAACUCUAUGAGUCCUCUGUGUUCAACACCGACACACCAUUCGGGCUCCUCAACAAGGUUUGGUUCGAGACCUGUAUGUAUUUUUGCACUAGAGGCCGCGAGAACCAACGGGAGCUGGAGGAUGACUCGUUCGGCCUGGCUGUGGACGAGGACAGGAGGAAGUUUGUCUAUUUUAAAAGUCUUGGACCGUACCAGAAGUCCCGCUGCGGCGCCUUGAGCAAAAAGCGUCCGGACGCAGACGAGGACACUUUGCCACGGAUGUAUGAGACAGGCACAGAUCAAUGUCCUUACGCCAGCUUUGUUCGGUACAUGUCCAAACGGAACCCGCUCUGCAGGGCGUUUUUUCAGCGGCCAAGGGAUCAUUGCUGCACUAGCGACGUGACGUGGUACGAAAACAAAGCCAUUGGUAAGAACCUGUUGGGCAUGAGAAUGCAGAUGUUGUCAAGAGCAGCUAAGCUCUCCAAGACAUAUACUAAUCACUGCAUCGGCGUCGUCUCCAUAGCAACGCUAAAUAGCGUCGUGGGCCCAGCAGCCUCCAGCGACAAAAACACAACAACACUUUGCGUUGCCUCGGAAAUCAUUAACGACAAAGCGCCGUCCUACCUGCAGCUGGUAAUUCCGUAUAUCAAUCGGGUCAAUGACGCCGACCUGAAGCCACAGCGGACAGGAGUAGCAGCAACAACAGCAAUCACACCUUCAGUAAAAACAACAAAAAGGAGAAUUAGCGCCGAUGUGAACCAGGGAGCUCCUUACGCUAAGAAGCUGUGCUUACACCCAGGGACACGCGCCGAAUUGCCCUUGAAGAAGAAAAAGAGCGACAUGACGAGAGCCACUGUGUCACAUGUUUAUUUAUAUUCACAGUCAGCCGGAUAUCCAGUCACUGUGACCACACAGGACAGCUGUGACAGGAGUAACAAAACCACAUCAGGUCAACAGCUCCCCUUGUCUCCUGUAUCUCUUUCUCCAGCCUAUGCUGGUAUCCCCACACCAGCUCAGCUCAACAAAACCAAUGUACCAGUCCACAUUGACGUAGGAGGACUCAUGUACACCAGUAGCCUGGCUACUCUCACAAAGUACCCUGAUUCAAGGAUUGGCCGUCUGUUUGUUGGAACAGAGCCCAUAGUAUUAGACCAUCUAAAGCAGCACUACUUCAUUGAUCGAGAUGGCCACAUGUUUCGCUACAUACUCAACUUUCUCCGGACCUCAAAACUGCUCAUUCCUGAUGACUUCAAAGUCAUUUCAAGAUUUAUGGGGCGUCAUCAAAGCGAGUACGGAUUACAGAAUACUCUUUACUGUAUGAAGAGGCCAGCUUCUUUCAGCUCACUCCUCUACAGGUUGAAUUGGAACGCUGGAGAACCGAGCGGGAUUGUGGUCGAGAAUGGGACAGUGUCGUGGUUCACGUGACUCGAGAGCUUGGCGAAAGGAUUACCCAUGAAGCCAUGGUUGAGGAGCUCUUCCCUGAGGUCAGAGACAUCAUGUCCAAUUCCCUGACCAACAGCUGGAACCAGGACACUCAUACCUUGUGUCUAUAGUCUCACUUCCCAGAUAAACAGUAAAGAAAAACUUUGCACAUAAAUAAUGAAGUUGUCCUUUCACUUGCACCUGAUUUCUGUGACACUCUAACACACACUAACAUUUAAACAUCCAUCCAUCCAUUUUCUUAACCGCUUACUCCCUAGUGCGGGGUCACGGGGGUGCUGGAGCCUAUCCCAGCUGGCUACGGGCGAGAGGCAGGGUAGACCCUGGACAGGUCGCCAGUCCAUCGCAGGGCAACACAUAGACAGACAACCAUUCACUCACACACUCACACCUACGGGCAAUGGAGAGAAGCCAAUCAACCUAAUGCACGUCUUUGGACUGUGGGAGGAAGCCGGAGAACCUGGAGAGAACCCACGCAAUCACGGGGAGAACGUGCAAACUCCACACAGAAAGGCACCAGGUUUAACCUCCGGUUAUCGAACCCAGAACCUUCUUGCUGUGAGGCGACAGUGCUACCCACCGCACCACCGUGCCGCCCAACAUUUAAACAUAAAUUUAAAAAACAAUUUACAGUCAAAAAACCUUAAAGGUCCCAUAAUAUUUUUUUCCUUUUAGAUUAUAUAAAAUAGGGCCUUUGAUGGGAAUGAUACUGUCUACACAGAAAGAGAUAAACAGUUUCCACUUCCUUACUUGUAAGAAUGUUCCAGUCAGUGGAUUUGAAGCACCCCUGGAGCUUGUGGAUGCUCUCUAGUGUCCACUGUUUAAUGCCCUUACUGACUUUCUCUGUCUUCCUAACUACAGGUGAAUAAGCCAGAGCUGGCAGUAUACUAUUGUAGUCAGAGGAACCGGGGGGGGGCUGGCAGAAAGACAGACCAUUAGGGAGAGAUCCAUGGCAUUUGUCCAGUUUUUUACCCAAGCGGGUGGCACAGUUAACGUACUGAUGAAAUCAGUAAUUUGUCAACUAAGCAAUGAUUGAAGUCAUCCAAGAUGAACUUGGGGGCAUCUGGAGAUAUGAGUUUGUAUUCAUGUAACAUGUCUUUUAAGUGUCCUGUGGCUACAGAUCCAUUUGCUCUGGGGUGGAUAUAAACCAAAAAGAAAAAAAAUUGUGGAAAUUCCCUGGGAAGAUAGAAUGGACGUACUGUAAGGAGACAACUAGAAACUCAGUUUCAGAGUAGCAUAGCUUCUCUCUAACUACAACUGUUUUAUACCAGCGAGGAUCAAUGUAGAAGCAAACACAAUCGCCAUGUUGUUAAGGCUCACAGUCUAACCUUAAAGGAGGACCAAAGCCAUCUAUCUGCAAGCAGGCAUUAUUGUCGUUCUCAUUUAGCCAUGUCUCGGUAAAAGCGAGAAUGGAGGCAGUCCUAGGGAUGGCAGCUGAAACCUCAUGAAGCUUCCACAGGGUGCAUCUGAUUGUGCCGGUAAUAUGUCCCAAAGUUGCGGGGCUUUGAAACCACACAGAACAGUGACAUCUGGUGGUGGACUUCAAGUAUAUCAUCUUCUUCAACCAGCCUCCUUGUCCUUGUUGUACAUCAAUAUGUACAUAAUAAAAAGCAUAAAACAAAACAA